CCUCCCCCUCCCUCCCUUCCUCUGCGCCUGCGCCGUUCGCCCUUUCCUUUCUUCUCGGCAGUCCGAGACACGCGACCGCCGCCAUGGGACACCAGCAGCUCUACUGGAGCCACCCCAGGAAGUUCGGCCAGGGAUCGCGCUCCUGCCGCGUGUGCUCCAACCGGCACGGACUCAUCCGCAAGUACGGCCUCAACAUGUGUCGCCAGUGCUUCCGCCAGUACGCCAAGGACAUCGGCUUCAUUAAGUUGGAUUAAUUCUACAGUAAUAGUUGAAGAUGGCUUGAAAAGACAUAGCAAGAAGUUGGCACACCUGAGGACUGGACUGGAUAAGAGCCGUCAAGACUUCUACUGUGCAACUGUAUACAAUAGAAGUACUGGGCUUUUAUUCCAAUUAUGGUAGUGUUUCCUAUUAAUAAGUUACAAUCACCAUAAUUCUAGCCAUGUUGACAUGUCAUCUGUAGCAUAUGUAUGAGAAUCUAUUUUUUGGAGUUUUUAAAUAAAAAAAAAGAGUUAAAAUCCAAA